UGUGUGUGUGCUUGUGUGUGUUUCUGUAUAUUCGGCGUUUCUUCGCUCUGCAGCGCGACGCGUCCUUCAUCUUCAUCCUCCUCGUGUUUCAGUAGUGAGCGCUCUGACUGGAGGUGAUGAGGAGGUUUUUCAGGGUGGACAGAGAUGAAGAUUUCGGCCAGAUUCAGUAUCUCACCGCUAAAUGCAUCCGACUGUCUCAGGAGAAAGCAGUGCUGCAGCAGGAGCUGCUGGUGUCCGCUGAGCGUCAGCAGGCCCUGCAGGCUCAGAUGGAGGUUCUGGCGGUGUGUGUGCGUCAGAAAGAGCAGCUGAAUGUUGAGCUGAACAUCAAAUAUGAGCAACUUCAGGAGCGCUUCCAGCAGCAACUGAGGCAGGCAGAUGUCCUCCAGCAGUGUGUGUUGUCGGUGACGGAGGACAGGUGUAGGGAUGCGUCUCUUCUGGGUCUGCAGCUGGAGCAGGUGAGCUGUGACCUACAGCAGAUGCAGAGUUCAGAGGCGAAGCUGAUGGGCCUGGUGGACGAGCUGCACCAGGAGGCCCAGCUCAGAGCACAGCAGGCAGAGGUCCUGCAGGCGCAGCUCCACCAGGAGGCUCAGUCAAAGACGCAGACUAUAGAGGAGCUGGAGACGCAGCUGAACAGUAAAGCACGAGAGCUGGCGGAGCUGCAGAUUUCCCAUGAUGCCGUGCUGCAGGAUGUGUGUAUUCAGCGUGGCGCCCACCAGAGGACACUGGAGGAACUGCGGCGCACGGCGGAUCAGUGUGAGUGGGUGUGUGAGCAGCAGCGGCGCUGGAUGAGCUGCGUCAGGAGGUUUAAGGACUGUCUGUCAGGUGAGAAGGAGUCCCUGGAGCUGCAGGUGAACAGGUUACAGGUGGAGCUGGAGACGGUCAGGAGGAGCGAACACACUGAACACUGCAGCAGUCAAACCCAGGUGUGUUUCUGACAGGUGGGAUGAGGAGCUGCAGACUGAAGCAGAGCGAUGGAGAACACUGUAUGAGGAUCUGCUGAAGCUCA